AUGGACGAAGCAGGCACGCGGCGGGUACAAUUACCGCCGCGCUCUGAGUACCGCAUUGAAUUGGACGCAGGCGAAUAUGUUGCUAUUCGAUUUGUGUCUGAUCCUAUCUCUGGGCACUAUGGUGAUGCUGAAGUGUUUGGUGCACCCAUUGUGGCCGGAUCUAAUGAACGCUGGUACACGUUUGGAAACGAAGCCAAAUUCGCCAUUACGUCCUGGGGCGGCGCAGAUUUGGAAAUAUAUGGAGCAGCAUCGACAGAGUAUAUGGCAGACGAGCCGUCGCAUACAUAUACUUAUUAUGCAAAUCUACACUUGAACUUGGAACGUGCGCGCAUCCGAGCUCGGGAGCAGCUGCGCACCGAUCCGUCGCUGCUACAAACGCUCGACGCGGUCGACGUGUCGGAGCCGACGAAACCCAUGUCAUACGAAGAGGGCGCUGAAUCAGGCACAGACCUGUAUCGCGCUGCCGGACAAGGUCCACGCGUCAUGGUCGUGGGCCCAGAGAGUGCGGGCAAGACGAGCCUGAUCAAGUACCUCGCGAAUUAUGCCAUGCGCUCACCAGCCGUCGCAAGUGUGCGCGAGGGAGAAUCUAAGCGGGAAAAGACUGACGAAAGCGACGAAGAUGGUGAGACAAAGGCCAUGAGUGAAAUUACGGGCUGGUGGCCUAUGAUCGUGACACUGGACCCUGCUGAAGGCGCCGUGCCUGUGCCUGGAUGUAUAAGCGCCAUUCCCCUGACGCCUACACCCAUCACUUGGUUGCCAUCACCUUCGCCGGCUCUGCCAUACGGUGUGACGCCACAAACGACCGGAGCUUUGCCUCCGAGUGUAUCCACCGUGCACAGCGUCAUGCCCAUGACCCUAUGGGCGGGCAAAGAGAACAUGCGGGAAAAUGAGCGCCAUUCACGGCGUCUCGUUGACUGGCUUGUUUACUAUGUCGAGAAGCGUCUUGUCAAGGAUUUACGUGCUCGCAUGUCUGGUCUGCUCCUCGACAUGCCAGGCAUCAUUACGGCCGAUGCUCGCACGCGCUAUGAAUUUAUCCAAUACUGUGUUCGUGCAUUCAAGAUCGAUACCAUCAUUGUUCUUGGUCACGAGAAACUCAAUCUGGAGCUCACGCGCAUUUAUGCUAACGACACGUCGGGCCAUGCUCCCAGUAUUGUUAAAGUACCCAGAUCAGGGGGUGCAGUGGAAGUCGACGAAGUGUACAAACAAAAGUUGCACGAUUUGCAGAUCCGCUCCUACUUUUAUGGCAUGUCGCCCGUGGUACCUCAGGAGCCAGAAAAAAAUGCGCCCGCGGGCUUGGACGAGCCAUUAGGCGGUGUACCCGUCUUAAAUCCAUACUCUUUCACUAUUCCGUUCGAUUUGCUUUCCAUAUACCGCGUGGGCCAAGACCGCGUUGCUCCGUCAUCUGCUUUGCCCAUUGGUGCUGAGCGGACCCUAUCUGAGAUGCAGGUGGUGAAACUGGACCCGGUCAACUCACCGAGUGACUUAUCCUUGCUUUUACACUCUGUCUUAGCUCUGAUCGAGCCGCCAGCCGCGCUCGAGCAUCAUGAGGAAAAUGCUGCAUCGGAAGAAACACCCGCGAAGGAAUAUAACGAUGACGAGCUUUUGGGCUCUACGCUCCUUGGUUUUAUACACAUUGCCGACAUUGAUAUGACCCGGAAAAAGCUCACGGUCUUGUCACCUAAGCCUGGAAAACUUCCUAGCACAACGGCAUUGAUUGGCAAUCUACAAUGGCAAGAUAUGUAG